AGCCAUGGCCCAAUGGGCAUCUCUUGCAAAAAUGAAGACGGCGUGAAGAGACGGGGAACAUAGCAAAAACUCUCUAGGGUUUGUAUGUUUGUUUCCUGCGCCCAAUCCCAAUGCAUGGAUGGCCGGCCUCGAGCUCCGGCGGCACCUCGCUGGGGUCUCCGCCGCCGGGCCCCGCUUUCCCGUCGCCCUCCUCGCUGCCGCAGGAUGAAGAUGAGCACGGGAGUCUCGGCGGCAGCCGAGAUCUCUCAACGGUCUUAUCCUGACCACGCGGUGCGAAGUAAAGCAACGCCAUCAUCACUCCAGGAAAAGCAGUCAGCGCCUACUAGUAGCAGGAAGCACCGAAAGGAGAAUCUGUGAAGGAAGCCGGCAGAGGAUAGCUGCACCCGCUGCCGGCUGGCAGUAAAAGUAAAGCUGUCUUGUCCCCUACAGUACUGUCUAGAGGGAACCAAGCCGCGUGCCCGGUGGGGCCCGAAGACAGUGACGUUAGACUCGGCCCACAUGGCAGUGUACCAUGUGCAGCCUAAAAUAGAACCUUACCCCUCUGCAGUAAGGAGAGACUGAGCAUUCUAGGGUUUUCCCCUUUCUUCUUCUUCCUCAAGAAUACAGCUCAAGGAGUAGCAUUGUAGACCUCGGCUAUCUCGGUUAAUACAACAAAGCAGGAGUAGGAGCUUUACCUCUACAACAAACCUGGGUAAAUCCGCGUGUUCUAGCAUGUUUAGUGCGUGUUCUUCUUCACGUCCUCCCUCCUCCGGUUCCUCCCUCGUCCAUCGGCCCCAACUUAAGCCAUCCUAUGGCAUCUGCCGUGACACCACCACGAUAGUUGGCGCCCACCGUGGGGCCAGCAACGGCGCUAGCUGGAGUCUUCAUCCGGACCGGAAGCUUCCUCGCCACCGGAGAGCGCGUGGUCUCCGGUUUGGUCCAGAGAUUCGACUCUCUGGGCUUCAUCGACAACAACGCGGGCUGUUUCAACGGCGCGCCGCUCUCUUGCGCCGGCCGCUUCAUCGAUUUCGGUUUGCACGAGGUCUACGUGGCUACUGACUGUCCUUGCAGGUACCCGGAGCAGGUGGUGAUGGCCGACAAUCCACCCGCCGUGCGCACGGUUCGCGCUCAACACGCCUACUGCCCCGCUAACCAUGUGGAGGUCAAGGUGACGGCUCACGGUGCCGACACGGGAAAGGACGCCGCAGGAGGUGGCGUGGCACCAACCAAGUCCGGAAGAACGGCAAAGCUCCCCUUGGAGAAGCCGGAGGACAUCGCUGCGCAAGCCGGCACGUCGGCUUUGCCGCCUAAGCCGACUCAGAUCCAGGCCUCCAUCGAGCGGCUGACCACGCCGGUUGCGUCGAACGUUAACCCGGUUCAGCUGCAGGCAGAGUUGGAGCUGGAGAGGCAGAAGCUGCUAAAGGAGGCAGUCGACGUCGCCAACGCUCGACAGCAGCUCGACAUCUCGCUCCGUGAGUAUAAUAAAGCUCGUGGUCUUAGUUCUACUGCGUUGACUAACCUUAGCAGAGUUGGGGAGAUACGUACCCGUGGUAAGAACUUGAAUGCCGGGAUAGCGAGGGAAGGCAGGGGUGCUCCGACAGUGUCGGCAAGCUUUGCCUCGGCACUAAAGCCGAAGUACAAUACCCCUGUCAAGAAUCUCAGGGCUGCCGAGGCUGCGGCUGAGGAGUUGCCAAAUUUCACGGGAGAGGCACUUCGGCAGCAGCAGCUGCGUGUGAAAGAACUGCUCCAGAUGGCUAAUGAGCAAAAUGAGGCAUACAUGAGAAUGCACGGCAAACCCGACGCAUCACAGGUCAUUCACUCGGCUGCAGAUGCUGGUGGCUGGGUUGUCCGACAAGCGUCCUCGCCUGGCGGCAAACGGGACAAAAGUGUCACCUCUGGCCGGGACAAGUAGUUUGAACGCUAUGAUCCAGCUCUGGCGGAGAGACAGAUGGUCAGGAGGGUUGAUGACAGUCAAAGUAGUCUGCGUCCCGGCGACAAUCACCGAGAUCAGCAGGAGCGUUACUCGCACGAUCACGGACACCGACCUCGGGGUCCGGCACCCAAUAUUGCUGCAGGACAGCAGGGUGUGGGGCGCAACCCCCGGUAUCGAGGUGAAGAUCGCCGGCAUGAUCGUUACGAUGACGGAUACUCGGCCCUGGCUGAUGAGGGAUAUAUCAGGCGAGAACGCGAUAACCUCGGUCCGCUUGGGGGCAGAGUCGGCAACAGGCAGGUGUCACCCCUGGAUGCUCGGCAUCGCCUUGACCGGAUAUAUCUGUCCGAGCUCCUGGAAGAGCAGGGCCCUCCGGGACCACAUUGCUUUGUGAACCGAAUCAUGAGGGAAAGACCUACCCCGGGUUUCCAGCUGCCCAGGGGUACGAGAACUUAUGACGGCAGUACUAAGCCGGAAGACUGGCUGGAAGACUAUGUCACGGCGGUAAGUGUGGCAGGUGGCAACCGCAGAUGGGCAGUGCGUUACGUAUCCCAGAUGCUUGUGGGACCGGCAAGAAUAUGGUUGAACAACUUGCCGGAGAGCAGCAUCAAUUGUUGGAUAGACUUCGAGGAAGUCUUUGUCAGCAACUUCACCAGCACUUACAAGAGGCCGAAUUGCCCUCAGCAGUUGUGCAUGUGCAAGCAGAAAGACAACGAGACUGACCGGGAUUACCUAACGAGGUGGAACAAUCUCCGCAUUCCUCUGAAGGGAUAGUAGAGUCGCAUGCCAUAGCGUGGUUUGCCCAGGGAUGUCGGCACGGCAGCAUGCUGUGGCAGAAGCUACAAAGAGAGAUGCCAGCCACCCUAUCCGAGAUGACCAGGAUAGCCGACAUGUACACGCUUGGCGAUCCAACUCAUCCGUCACUGAUGCCGGCAGAACUGCAAAGGGAGCAGCCGAUAUACAAUUCUGCCGGGGCAUUCCGGAGGAACGAUCAUCAAGAUCAUCGCAACAAGAGAAGAGAUGACAGGCCGGAUUACCGAUAUGGGCCAGCUCAUGUCGCUGCACUUCAGGAUCAACUUGAUGCCGGCUCUAGCCAGUGUCAAAAGACAGGAAACCAGCAGUGGGUCAAGAAGGGAGAACAAAAGAAGCCCUGGCAAGAUAAGCCGAACUAUACCUUCGAGGUGAUGCUGGAUCAGCCUUGUCGUUUUCACACGACUAACCCCAACAAGCCGGUGAACCAUACGACGCGGCAGUGUAGUUGGAUGCAACGGGCCGAGAAGGGCGAGGCAAGUCGGCUACCUCCCCCUCCUCCGCUGACAGGCGCGAAUGCGCAGAUCCAGGGACCCCCUCAGGCAAACAAUGCUGUCAACCAGGUGGAAGAUCAAGAGAUCCCAGGCUAUGCCGGGAGAAAUGAGUACAACGAGCAUCACCAAAGCUACAUGAUUUUCAUCACUGCGCCGACUGAUAAGCAAAGUCAGCGCAGGCAUGAAAUGGAGGUCAAUGCGGUAAUGCCGGCUGUUCCGAAAUUCCUGUAUUGGUCGGAGCAGGAGAUCAACUGGAACCAAGCAGAUCAUCCUAAGGUUAUGCCGAAUCCCGGUGGGUAUGCCCUAGUGGUUGAUCCGACGCUCAUCGGGCCCGACAUAAAUGUCAAGUUUACUCGGGUCCUCAUUGACAAUGGGAGCAGCAUAAAUAUCCUAUAUUGGGACGCGAUGCUAAAGUUCGGCAUUACCGACAACAUGCUUGAGCCAAGCCGGACUACCUUUCACGGUAUUGUGCCGGGAGUGUCUUGUGCCCCUGUCGGCAAAAUCCGAGUCGAUGUCUUAUUCGGCACCCGUGAGAACUGUCGGACUAAAAACUUCUUGUUUGAAGUGGUGGACCUCAAUAGUCCGUACCACGCACUGCUCGGCAGGCCGGCACUCGCUAAGUUCAUGGCUACUACUCACAUCGGCUAUCUCAAGAUGAAGAUGCCGGGACCAAAUGGUACCAGAACCAUCACGGGCAACUUGAAGCGUUCAAUCGAGUGCGCCGCGGCAGGGUCGGCUUUGGCUGAGUCCCUGGUUAUCGCUGGCGAGAAGAAGAAGCUACAGGAGGCUAUUGCGAUGGCUCAGGCGGCACAGAUUGACUUGCCGGCUAUGACCAACCCCCAUGGAAGUGUGGCUUUCCAGGCAGCCGAGGAGACGAAGAAUUCAGAUUGACAGUGAAUUCCUGGACCGCACCGUCAUUAUUGGUGCCGACCUGAGUGAGAAAUAGGAAGGCGAGCUCACCAGAUUCCUCCGUGAGCAUCGGGACAUCUUUUCAUGGUCAAACCAAGACCUGCCGGGUGUGCCGAGGGAGCUGGCUGAGCACUCAUUACAUGUCAGACCAGAUGCGAGACCGGUGAAGCAGCCCCUUCAACGCUUCGCCGACAACAGAAAGAAAGUCAUCUCGGAGGAGAUAUCCCGGCUUCUAGCUGCCGGCUUCAUCAUGGAAGUGUUACAUCCCGACUGGCUGGCAAACCCGGUCAUGGUUGAGAACAAAGACGACCCAACUGCUGCCAAGGUGUGACGCAUGUGUAUUGACUACACCAGCCUCAACAAGGCGUGUCCCAAAGAUCCUUUCUCGUUACCUCGGAUCGAUCAAGUGAUUGACUCUACUGCCGGGUGUGAGUUGUUGUCUUUUGUGGAUGCGUACUCUGGCUUUCACCAGAUACCACUGAACCCUAAUGAUCAAAUAAAGACAUCGUUUAUCAUCCUGUUCGGGGUGUAUUGCUAUUGCACUAUGCCAUUCGGUUUGAGAAAUGCAGGUGCUACUUAUCAAAGAUGCAUGCAGAAAUGCUUGCAUGAUCAACUUGGCAAGAAUGUGCAGGUAUAUGUCGACGAUGUCGUCAUAAAAACCAAGGAAAGCGCCACGCUCCUGGAUGAUAUCCGGGAAACAUUUGCGAAUUUAAAGAGAUUCCGAAUGAAACUGAACCCGGCCAAGUGCACAUUCGGUGUGCCGGCAGGGAAAUUGCUCGGCUUCCUAGUGUCAAGCCGAGGUAUAGAAACAAACCGUGUGAAGAUCACCGCCAUAGAACGAAUGAAAUUGCCGAAAUGCCUCAAAGAUGUGCAAAAAUUCACGGGAUGCCUAGCAUCACUAAGUCGUUUCCUUAGUCGGUUGGGUGAAAAGGCUAUGACCUUAUACCAGCUGAUGAAGAAGACUGACAAAUUUAUGUGGACGCCACAGGCAGACCUAGCUUUUCAGGAACUAAAGAAGAUGAUUGCCACGGCACCGAUAUUGGCCUCUCCAAUGGAGAAAGAGCCGAUGUUGCUAUACAUCGCGGCAACCAACCGGGUUGUUAGUGCCGUCAUCGUGGUGGAGAGAGUUGAAGAGGACAAAUCGGUGCAAAGGCCGGUAUAUUACUUAAACGAGGUGCUAUCAUCGUCCAAGCAGAACUAUUCCCAUUAUCAGAAAAUGGCUUACGGUGUUUACAUGGCGGCAAAGAAAUUGAAGCAUUACUUUGAUGCACAUCAGAUCCGGGUUAUAUGUGAGGCUCCUGUCUCGGGGAUCAUGAGUAACAAGGACGCGAGCGGCCGGGUAGCAAAAUGGGCAGUUGAGCUAGCACCCUAUACGCUACAAUACGACAGACGAGAUGCUGUGAAGUCUCAAGGUCCGGCAGAUUUUCUGGUGGAUUGGGCCGAGAUGGAGUAUGAGCCACCGACCCCAGAAAAUAAUUACUGGAAGAUGCAUUUUGAUGGCUCUAAGAUGAAAAACGGGUUAGGUGCCGGCAUAGUUUUGACCUCGCCCAAGUGUGAUCAGCUCAAGUAUGUACUGCAGAUUCACUUCGCAGCGUCCAACAAUGUCGCCGAGUAUGAAGCGCUGGUGCAUGGACUGAAAAUGGCAAAAGAAAUAGGAGUUCGCCGGAUUCAAUGUUUUGGUGAUUCCGAUCUAGUCGUCCAGCAAGCUUCCGACAACUGGGAUGCAUUGGAUGCCAACAUGGCGCUGUACCGGUUUCAUGUUCAGAAGAUCAGUGGCCAUUUCGAAGGGUGUGAGUUCCACCACAUACCUCGGGCGGAAAACGAAGCGGCCGGCACAUUGUCAAAACUCGGUUCGACACGACAGGCCAUUCCGGCUGGGGUGGCACUAGAGCAUCUACGCAAGCCGUCUAUCAAGCCAUCACCAGAAUCGGAGUCUAUAUUUAUCCCGGCAACUUCCGAGGCCGGUGCUACGCCCAUGGACAUUGAUAGUGGCAACGGUUCUGGUAACCCGGGGACUGAAGGCCUUAGCACGGCGGAGGCAAUGGCAGUAGAACCAAUGGAGAUAGACGAACCGGAUGAGCCAAUCUUCACCACUCGUCCCGUGCCGGCAUGGGCUCAACCGAUAAUGUCUUACCUCAAAGAUGGGAGUCUACUGGAAGAAGAGGUGUCGGCAAGACAAAUCCAGAGAAGAGCAAAGGCCUACACCAUCAUCAACGGUGAGCUUUACAAGAGGAGCGUCACUAACGUCCUACAACGAUGUGUCGAGCCGGAAGAAGGGCAGGAGAUACUCCGGGAUAUCCACCAAGGAGAAUGUGGCCAUCACGCAUCUUCGAGAAUGCUUGUAGGCAAAGCUUUCCGACAUGGUUUCUACUGGCCGAGUGCGCUACAGGAAGCAGAAGAUAUAGUCAGGAAGUGCAAUGGCUGUCAGAGAUAUGCCAGCAAGAUCCAUAUGCCGGCGUCCGAACUCAAAACCAUCCCAAAUCACUUGGCCAUUUGUCGUCUGGUGUUUGGAUAUGGUAGGACCGUUCAAGCGGGCGCGAGGAGGCAUGACGCAUAUUCUGGUCAUGGUCGACAAGUUCACUAAGUGGAUUGAGGUCAAGUCGAUAAAGAAGUGUGACGGCAAAACUGCGGUAUUGUUUCUGAGGGAUAUCAUCUUGAGAUAUGGAUACCCACAUAGUAUCAUCACAGACAAUGGAACGAACUUCGCGGAGGGACCUUUCGCGAGAUUUUGUGCUGAGAAGAGAUCCGACUAGAUGUUGCCUCUGUAGCACAUCCUCAGUCCAACGGGCAAGUGGAAAGAGCAAAUGGCAUGGUCUUGGCCGACAUAAAACCCCGGCUAAUCGAACCACUGGAGCACACUUCAGGAUGCUGGCUGGAUGAACUCCUGGCUGUGCUGUGGAGUCUCAGGACGACUCCCAAUCGCUCUACAGUCUACACGCCGUUCUUCCUCGUAUACGGGACAGAAGCUGUCUUACCAGCCGACAUUGAACAUGACUUUCCACGAGUAACCAUGUAUACGGAGGCCGAGGUAAAAGAGGCCCGAGAAAACGAUGUCGACCUGCUCGAAGAAGCACGGGAAUUGGCUCUAUCUCGGUCGGCCAUUUAUCAACAACACCUAAGGCGUUAUCAUAGCCGAAAGGUCAGCCCGCGAGUAUUCCGGGAAGGAGAUCUUGUCCUCCGACUUGUGCAACGCACAGGCGGCAUGCACAAAUUGUUACCCCCAUGGGAAGGACCAUUCAUUGUGAGCAAAGCACUCCACAAGGAUUCCUACUAUCUUAUAGAUGCUCAGGAUCCCAAGGUGAACAGGAUAGACCGGUCGGGUGAGGAGACCAAGAGGCCAUGGAAUGUUGCGUUGCUCCGUCCGUUCUAUAAUUGAAAGCUGAGUAUUUUUAUCGCUUACUACUUAUGUUGAAUAUUUCAAUUAAGGCAAUGAAAUUAUCCGCCGAGUUCUUAAAAGAAACUCGGGGACUUCUGUGUCAUUUAAAUGCUCUGCUGCAAUUAUCUUUUGUAUGUCGGCAUGGCUUAGUUGCGUAAUCUUAUGUUGAUUUAGUACUGUGUCGGUCUUGACAACACCCCUCUAUGACUUCACUGUUGUCCACAACCCGGCUUCAUGGCAAGCUAGAGAUGGGUA